AUGAAAUAUACCUACGCUAUCUUUGCUCUAAUCAGCGGAGCAACUGCAUCUGGCACUUGUCAAACAGCUCCUCCUCAGCAAGGUGUAGCGCUUUACGUGGGCGAUUGCUCAGGUUCAGGUCCAUGCGGCCCCCGAAACAAAGCAUUUAUUCUUGAACACAAUAAUGGAUACUUGACAAUAGUCAACUCUAGCAAGUCGCCAAGAAUGAUUGUGGAAGUUCAACAAUACGGCUAUGACUAUGAGGUUACCGACUAUGAGCAGUAUUGGAUCAAUUCUGGCGAUGUUUGUACUGUGAAAAUCGACUUCGCAGUACAAGGUUAUCAUUCAUGGAAAGCCUAG